UAGAAGGAAGCAGUUAUAAAAUAGCAAAUUAAGUGCACUCUCUUGAGAACCAACGCCAACGCCAAAACCAAAACCAAAACCAAGUCUUGAACUUGAACUUGAACUUGAACUUGAAGUCCAUGUCCAACGUCAACCUAAACCAACAUGUCUUAUCUGUACUUGCAAAAUGCAAUCACCUCAACCAUCUGAAGCAACUCCAAGCCUUUCUAUUCGCUCUAGGCCAUUCCCAAACCCAAUUCUAUGCCUUUAAGCUCGUCCGUUUCUGCGCUCUCUCUCUCGUCAACCUUCCUUACGCUCGCUUUAUCUUCGACCAUCUCCACUCUCCCAAUGUCUAUCUCUAUACUGCCAUGAUUACCGCCUAUGCGUCUCACCAUCACCACUCCGCUUUUCUCUUGUACCGCCAAAUGCUUCGUCUGCGACACCCUUCCCCCAACCAUUUUAUCUAUCCACACGUCCUCAAAUCUUGUCCUCACCUUUCCUAUUCUCAUGCCACUAAAAUGGUGCAUACCGAGAUUUCAAAAUCCGGUUUUCUUCGAUACCCGGUUGUGGAAACGGCUCUUCUUGAUUCCUACUCUAAGUUUUCUUCGGGCAUCGCAAGUGCCAGACAGGUGUUUGAUGAAAUGUCCGACAGAAAUGUUGUCUCCUGGACUGCUAUGAUUUCUGCCUGCACCAGACUUGGGGACAUUGAUUGCGCUAUAUCAUUGUUUGAAAAUAUGCCGGAUAGAGAUGUUCCUGCUUGGAAUGCUCUUAUUGCAGGGUGUGCCCAAAACGGGUUCUUCUCUGAGGCAAUUUCACUUUUCAGAAGAAUGAUCAAUCUUGUACUGAAGGAGCAGCAUAGUCAUCAUGGUAAUAGGCCGAAUCAGGUUACAAUUGUUUGUGCACUCUCGGCUUGUGGCAACACUGGCAUGCUCCAGCUUGGUAAAUGGAUACAUGGUUACAUCUAUAAAAAUAGUAUCAAUUAUGAUACAUUUAUCUCAAACGCUCUAAUAGAUAUGUAUGGGAAAUGUGGGAACUUGAAAGAAGCAAGAAGGAUCUUUGACAUGACUUUGAACAAAAGCUUAACCUCAUGGAAUUCCAUGAUCAAUUCUUUUGCUCUCCAUGGCCAAAGCGAGAGUGCAAUCACCGUGUUUGAGGAGAUGAUGCAAUGUGAAGGUGAUGUCAAACCAGAUGAGGUUACAUUUGUUGGCUUGUUGAAUGCUUGUACUCAUGGAGGACUGGUUGAAAAAGGCUUUUCUUAUUUUGAGUUGAUGACUCGGGAUUAUAAAAUUGAGCCCCAAAUUCAACAUUAUGGGUGCUUGAUAGACCUUCUUGGUCGAGCAGGUAGAUUUGAAGAAGCCAUGGAAGUUGUGAGGGAAAUGAGUAUGGAACCUGAUGAGGUUGUUUGGGGUUCUUUGCUUAAUGGCUGUAAGAUUCAUGGCCGUACAGAUUUGGCAGAAUUUGUAGUCCAGAAAUUGAUUGAGAUUGAUCCAAAUAAUGGUGGUUAUGGUAUAAUGCUAGCCAAUAUAUAUGGGGAGUUGGGGAAGUGGGAUGAGGUCCGGAAGGUGAGGAAGAUCUUGAAGGACCAGAAAGCCUAUAAAACUCCAGGUUGCAGUUGGAUUGAGGUCGAUAACCAAGUUUAUCAGUUUUAUUCCGUUGAUAAAUCACAUCACAGAACAGAGGAGAUAUACAAAAUCUUGGAAAGUCUGCUUGGUUUUAUUAGUUUGAAGUGAAGAAAGGCGAGUCUUCUCUCUUUUAUUGCUUCUUUCUUUUACAAAGAAGAGGAGUUGAAAGUGGGAGAAAGAAAAUUAUUGUUAUUUGAAGUGCAAGGAAGCUGCAAAAGCAAAUUUUCCAAUUCUGGCUGAAAAAUCGGGGGUUGAAAGAUGCAAGUUGAAUUUGGUUUCAUUGGAGUUGAGUGCAUUUUUUACAUUUUGGGGAGAAUAUAAGGAAAAUAGGUUUCAGUAUACGGCGAACAGGUAAUAUCCAUGGCUGCACUGAAGAGUUCCACCACAGCUCUAAGUUGCAUAUGCCAAUGCCUCCCAUUGAUGGCCGGAAUAGCACCAAGGAUGAUUGUCCAUAGUGGCCCUUAUAACUUUUGGUCACCUGCAGAAUUGUUCUGAUAUUUGAGCAUAAUGGGCAUUAUACUUGUUGGAAAAAUUGAUCUUCUGAUCGUUGAGCGUGACUAAUAGUAUGCUUGUUGCAUACCCAUCCCAUGGCUUUAUCAUAUGCUCUGCAUUAUAUGACAUGCUCCACAAACUUUAAUGGUGAGACUUACCACAGUUUUUACUGAGCCGCAAUUUGCACAUAAUUGUGAGCAAAGAAAUAUAGGCAUCACGUUUAACUUCUAUUAGGGGGAAGUGUCUGCCUAUCACGACGAAAUGUUCUGCUAUAGGAUUGUAUUUAUUAACUAGAGCACAGUUAUAAGUAUUGUCCGUUGAGUACUCGCAAGAAGUGCUAGUUGCAAAAUAUCACAUGUAUAUUUUAUGUAAACAAAAUUUGGACAUUCAUUAUAUUCUCCAAAA